AUGGACAAUGUGUUUCGAUUGUUUGAUGCAACCCAUGACAUCACACUAGACUUUAUGGGGUAUGUGGCAGCAGUGCACCUCGUUCUUAGAGGAAAGCUCGAGGACCGACCGAGGUCUUCUUUCAAAUUUUAUGACAGAGAUGGAAACGGACAUCUUGACAAAAAGGAGCUAAAACAAGUUAUCAAAAUCAUCUACAAUAUCAAGAGGCAUGGGAACCCAUCUGAAACGGAGAACCUGACCCCUGAUCAAAUCACUGAGCGGAUCUUUGACCUGGUGGAUAAGAAUAAAGACAGCCAGAUUUCCCUGGAGGAGUUCCUGGAUGGGGCUCAGAAGGACCAGUGGGUGCUGGACCAGCUCCAGCUGGACAUGAGGCCCUGUGGGUGGUUCCUAGAAUAGCAGAGGAAUAAUGUGGAGGAAGAACUGCAGAGGAAGAACAACAAGUGGAUUGGAUUCCUACAACGAUAUUUGUAAGAUAUAUAGACAAUAUAUUGAUAUGGACAAAGGACAGAGCUAUUAACAAAACACAUGGUGCCAUAUCGUACAAUCCUGUGAGAGAGAUGAGAGAUUUGUGGCUGGUUUUAAAUUCGAGAUGACAUGAAGAUUUCCCCCUUUUUCACGACAAUCAACUGCCAAAAGCUCUGCAUGAUUUAGAAUGACGGCCGGGAUGAAACAAACGGAGGUAUGCAGAAAGAGCUGUCCCACUACCGACAGGUCAUUAUUUGAAAGAGCUGUCCCUCUACCGACAGGUCAUUAUUUGAAAGAGCUGUCCCACUACCGACAGGUCAUUAUUUGAAAGAGCUGUCCCUCUACCGACAGGUCAUUAUUUGAAAGAGCUGUCCCUCUACCGACAGGUCAUUAUUUGAAAGAGCUGUCCCUCUACCGACAGGUCAUUAUUUGAAAGAGCUGUCCCUCUACCGACAGGUCAUUAUUUGAAAGAGCUGUCCCUCUACCGACAGGUCAUUAUUUGAAAGAGCUGUCCCUCUACCGACAGGUCAUUAUUUGAAAGAGCUGUCCCACUACCGACAGGUCAUUAUUUGAAAGAGCUGUCCCACUACCGACAGGUCAUUAUUUGAAAGAGCUGUCCCACUACCGACAGGUCAUUAUUUGAAAGAGCUGUCCCUCUACCGACAGGUCAUUAUUUGAAAGAGCUGUCCCACUACCGACAGGUCAUUAUUUGAAAGAGCUGUCCCUCUACCGACAGGUCAUUAUUUGAAAGAGC